AUGCACGCGGCGGACUUUGCCGCGUGCGCGUUGCUGUCGGCCAUCAUCGCGGUGUCGCUGCUGUCCAACAUGGCGGUGCUGAUCUGCUUCUUCUACAACCCGGAGAUCCGCAAGCAAGUCCCGGCUCUUUUCAUCCUCAACUUGAGCUUGUGCAACCUGUUGCAGUGCGUGUGCAACAUGCCGCUCACCCUGGCGGGGCUCCUGGCGGCGGCGGCGGGGCACCACCGCAACCCCGGCGGAGGAGGCGCGUUGUGUCAGAUUGUCGGCUUCCUGGACACGUUCCUCACCGCCAACUCCAUGCUGACCAUGGCGGCGCUCAGCAUCGACCGGUGGGUGGCGGUGGUCUUCCCGCUCAGCUACCACUCCAGGGUGCGGCACCGGGACGCGGUGGUGGCGCUGGGCUACACCUGGGCGCACUCGCUGUGUUUCUCCACCGCCGCCUCCUGCCGCUCCUGGGUGGGAUACCACCCGCUUUACGCGUCGUGCACCCUGCGGGGCGCCCGCGCCAAGGCGGGCGGGCCGCACUUUGCCGUCUUCACCGUGGCCCUGCACACCCUCACCUUCCUGCUGGCCCUGCUGGCCAUGUGCGGGACUUACCUGAAGGUGCUGCAGGUGGCCAGGUUCCACUGCAGGCGCAUUGACGUCAUCACCAUGCAGACCUUGCUGCUGCUGGUGGACAUCCACCCCAGCGUGCGGCAGAAGUGUUUGGACGAACAGAAGCGAAGGAGACAGAGGGCCACCAACAAGAUCAGCACCUUCAUCGGCACCUUCGUGGUGUGCUUCACCCCCUACGUCAUCACCAGAAUCGUGGAGCUCUUCGCCCCGGAGCCCAUCAACCCUCACUGGGGGGUGCUGUCCAAAUGUUUGGUCUACGGCAAAGCCGCCAGCGACCCCUUCGUCUACUCGCUGCUGCGGCAUCAGUACAAGAAGACCUGCAGUCUCCUGGCCCAUAAAGUUCUGCGCAGGAGUCAGCGGGACUCCUUCUCUCCCGGAGCGGAGGGGAACGCCGGGAGAAAUGAGGUCCGGCAGGCCGUCGACGCCGCAGAGAGCGUCCAAGCAUCCGGCAACAAGCCAUCUGUUGUCCAGUGAGGCAGAGGACGAUGAUUGUGAGUGUCUUGGUCUUUGAGUUUAGGCAUGAUGUUCCUCUUCCACUGUCUGCUCGGAUCGGCACAGUUCCGUGGACUUUACUCCUAGUACCUGGUCAGUCAACGUUCCAGGAAUCGAUAUCACAACCCUCUGCUGGUGGAGCAAUGGAGACACCACAGUCACAACUUGGCUGUAGCGCCCUGUUUUCUGCCCCGGGAAAAGUGGUCUCCUCACUGAGAAAGAACUAAACACCGGCACAGGGUUUGCAAUGGAGAUGGACUAAAAAUCCUCCGGUUCUUGUUCCUGGUCAUGUCUUGUUGCUAGGCAGAGUUCGUAGGGCUCGAGCAUACAUCAGUCCCUCUAGGAUUUCUCAAGGUCACCCUUGCACCGAUUCACGCGGAUUCAGCCAGAAAUUGGAGCUUUGUCAAAU